AUGGAAGGCAGAACGUGGGAGAGGCCGCGGAUGGGGGCUCCAGUAGUCCCUUCUGCUCCUGUUGCCAUGAGCAGCGCUCAUGAAAGCUUCAUGUUCUCUCUGUUCGUCUUCGUGAUUCUCUCUCGAAUUAACUCCGUUCCUGCCGCUCAAGGCAUGCGUCUGCCGUUUUUCCGUUGGUUGUUUCCGCGUCUCUCCCAGCCAUUUUCGGCGCAGAUCUGCAAGCGCUGCGUGUUUGUCUCCUCUCUAGUCGCGCUCUUAUCUCUCUGCUCUCCGUUCCUCGCCCCUGCGCCUUCAUUCUCCCUGUAUUCGCCGCCCUCUGCUUCGGCCUCCUCGUCUCUGUCGCCGUUGUACGUGGAGGUUUGUGCCGCGUUCCGCCUUCUGUUCGCCUCCGCUGCGGCUGGGCCGCUGUGGCACGCCCCCAGUACGACAGAGGCGGCUUCCGCCCCCGUUAUUUUGGCCGAGGCUCCUGAAACGCCGCAGCGAGGCAGGGCCACAACAUCUCAAGCGAGUGAAGCAAUCAAGAUUGUGGACGGGAGGGCUCAAACCGCCCGCGUAGAGAGCCCGCGCACCCGACACCCGCGUGUGGCCUUUGCAGAAGCCGACGUCGUAGAGGAGUUCCCUUCCGCCGGGGCUGACGCUGGAGGCUGGCGCAGCAAACAGCCCGCGCCUCCUCUAAGCGCUUCACACAUAAGCGAAAAGGCGAAACCCGGGGCUUGGCUUGAUGGAUUUCUCUCUUGGGUCGCAACCUCCGCUGGCGCGGUAGCGGAGGACGAUGAGGACUACGACGACGGUAAGUCUCAGCUGCAAGCGAGCUCUGCACGCACAUCCCUGCUCUCCAGCACAGUCCUGGAUGUAUCUGCAGUGCCGGGCGCUGCGGAACUCAACGCUGAGGGUGCCAUGUCUGCUCGCGUGCUUUUCUCAGGGGCUGAAAGCUUCGUUCUCGCGCUGACGGUGGUGUGCAACACGAGCGGGACUGCGCACCGCCGUCUGUAUUGGCGCCUGCCGCGGGGGAUGACGGCGUCGGACCUCGUGAACAGUUUCGCGAUGGGAGCGCCGUGGCUCGGCGGGCCCGGCGGCUCUCUGCUGCACUUGCGGCUGUGCGUUGCGGGCCGGCAGUCGUAUCGACUUACAGUGCGCCGCGGAUUUGGUGACAGAGGGUUUUUCUCCGGCGAAGACUUCUCGCGGAAGCCGCUCGCGCAGUUCCUCAGUUCCGUCACACCCGAGGAUAGCCGCGGACUGCUGGCGGAACCCUUGACGCGCCAGCAAACGGCCGCGGUCUCGCCGCUGGCCUCGGUCUCCUGGCGCGCAAAGCAUCUGUUCGGCAGCGGCGCGGCGACUGAGGCUUUCGAGGCCGCUGGAGCCCCACAGGGGGACGGCCUCGCACUGAGCGGAGUGGAGCGAACGAUGACGCACAGGGAACCUGACAGCGGCCGCACGCGUGCGGGACUUACAGUGGUAAUCGAGCGCCGCCGCAGCGGCUCGAGGCGCGCAGACGAGCGCGGGGGUGCAGAGCAGCGGUCGGACGAGAACAAGGCCGGGUCCGACGUCGGCAGAUCAUCGGGCGACGCGAGGAGCAGGCGAGAAAUUUCUGCCAGCGUCUCCUCGUCGCCCCGUUCUGGGGGGCCGCCCAGUGCCGCAGGCCAGACAGCUGAAUGGCGCUCAGGCGGAGGAGACGCGACCAGCAGCAGAAGGGGCGCAAGUGCAGAUGGCGCCAGUAUACAGAUCGCUCUGCUCGGGAAGGGCCACCUGCAGGCUUCCCCCAGAGUGUUGCCAGUCACCAUCUCCGUGGAGGCCACGCUGAGCGAGGAGGAUCGACAAGAGCAGGUCGGGGGACUCGCCGCGGGCGCGGACGACGCGGAGAGACGCGGGCCGCGCGGGCGGCGCGACGGCAGGCCACUUCCUCUGGAGCUCGUGUCCCUGAAAUCGAUUUUGUCUCGCGCGAGCAGCCGAGACACCAGGUUCGCCUUCACGCCGGACUACGACCGGCGCGCGACCGCGGUCGACGGCGACGGGCCCGGGGGCUCGGUGGACGCGGCCAGCCGCGGGGAGGGCGACCGGCGCGUGACGGGCCAGAGCACCAUCGUGCGCAUUCCGCCGAGUCAGUCGAGCAGCACUGCGUUGCCGAGCCGCAGGAAGAACCUCGUCCAAAUGAUGAAGGAAACAGCGUACCAAUGGAGGAACAACGUUUUCGCUGGUCUGCGAAAGAAGCGUGAGGAGGCAAGGAUGCAGACAGCGGGACCGCCCGCCUCCGCCGAGGCCGCGAAGAGUAUCGCGGCUCUCGAUGAAGGCGCGACAAACUUUUUCAGCGGGUCCAUCUCCUCGACACUAGACAGCGUCAAAUCACUCUUCGCCAGCAGCCACACCUUCACGCACGACGAAGCGCUGCCGGAGAGCAGCACCCGGCGAACCCCGAGGCUGAAGAGAAGGCAUGCGCGGAAACGGGAACGCGGCAGCCUCUUCGGCUGGCUUUUUGGGGACACCAGAGACGCGGAGGCAGAGGAAGGGGAACAAGAUUACUAA